GAGGGGGUGGGAAUUCCCGACGCGAGGCCGGAACCGAGCGACAGCAAUGGAGUGAGACCCUCGGGAGGUCCAAGAGUCACCGAGUUAUCACAGCCACCAUGGGGCCCUGGGGGGAGCCAGAGCUCCUGGUGUGGCGCCCAGAAGCAGUGGCAUCGGAGCCCUCGGUGCCAGUAGGGCUGGAGGUGAAGCUGGGGGCCCUGGUGCUGCUGCUGCUGCUGACACUCAUCUGCAGCCUGGUACCUGUCUGUGUGCUUCGAAGGUCAGGUGCUAACCAUGAAGCUUCAGCCUCGGGCCAGAAAGCCCUGAGCCUCGUCAGCUGCUUUGCAGGAGGAGUCUUUUUGGCUACAUGUCUUCUGGACCUGCUGCCUGACUACCUGGCUGCCAUAGAUGAGGCCUUGGAGGCCCUGCAUGUGACGCUUCAGUUCCCCUUGCAAGAGUUCAUCUUGGCCAUGGGUUUCUUCCUUGUCCUGGUGAUGGAGCAGAUCACGCUGGCUUACAAGGAGCAGUCCAGUCCACCCCAUCCGGAAGAGACAAGGGCUCUACUGGGCACAGUGAAUGGUGGGCCUCAACAUUGGCAUGAUGGACCAGGGAUCCCCCAGGCCGGCGGAACUCCAGCAGCUCCCUCAGCCCUGCGUGCUUGUGUCCUGGUCUUCUCCUUAGCCUUGCACUCAGUAUUUGAGGGCCUGGCUGUAGGGUUGCAGCGAGACAGGGCUCGGGCAAUGGAGCUGUGCCUAGCUCUGCUGCUUCACAAGGGUAUUCUGGCAGUCAGCCUGUCCCUGCGGCUGCUCCAGAGCCACCUACGUGUGCAGGUGGUGGCUGGCUGCGGGAUCCUCUUCUCAUGUAUGACACCUCUGGGCAUCGGGUUGGGUGCAGCUCUGGCAGAGUCAGCUGGGCCUCUGCACCAGCUGGCCCAAUCUGUUCUAGAGGGCAUGGCAGCUGGCACCUUCCUCUAUAUCACCUUCCUGGAAAUUCUACCCCAGGAACUGGCCACUUCUGAGCAGAGGAUCCUCAAGGUCAUUCUGCUCCUAGCAGGCUUUGCGCUGCUCACUGGCCUUCUCUUUGUCCAAAUCUAAGGUGCUUCAAGAGAAAAGGCAGGGGAGGUUGGCUAUCAGGUGCCCCGUCCUCCCUACCUACCCUUCUCAAUUGGUGGGAAAUAGAAAGAAGUGGAGAAGGGAAGUAGUGAGGACCAAAGAGUUCUCUGAGUGAUAGGGAUGGGACAUUUGGACUAUGAAUAAUGAGGUGGAAGUGGGCAGAGAAGAGGCUAGCCCCAGACCCAAAGAAUAAGAGAUAGCGAAGUUACUACAGAUGUGGUCAGGGGCAUUAGAAGGAGGCAGACUGCUACAGUCAGAGGCCAGGCAGUACAUCUCAGAGACAAGCUGACAGAAGAACUGAGAGUUAGGCAUCCAGCCUCUUUGCGAUAAAGAUACAGAGGCUGUAAGUCAAAGCCAGUAUCCUGUUGGUUCUAGCCCAUCUCACCACUCUGCUGGCUGAAAUGGUUCCUCCUCCUUUCUUCCCUCCUACUCUUAUAUUUCUCUCUUGUCUUCCACUAAGGGACUAGUGCCAAAUGGUCUCUCUGCCAGUUUUCAUAAUUUAUCUGGCCUCUCCUGGCCUCACCUUUUUGGGUUUCUCUGUGUAGCCUUGGCUGUCCUGGAACUCACUCUUGUAAACCAGGCUGGGCUUGAGUUUACAGAGCUCCACCUGCCUCUGCCUCCCUAAUGCUGGGACUAAAGGGGUGCCAUGCCACCACUGCCUAGCUCACUAGUCUGUUGUUAAAGUGCCAAAUACCCACCCACCCCCCCAUUAGGGUUUUUGUUUGCUUUUUUUUUUUUUUUGGACAGGGUUUCUCUGUAUAACCCUGGUUGUCCUGGCAUCAAAUUCAGAGCUCAGUCUGCCUCUGCCUCCUGAGCACUGGGAUUAAAGGUGUGCAGCACAUGUAUUGCUCACCUGCCCCCUUUCUGAAAGCACAGUGCUGAGGUGCUGGGGCCUGCCCAGCACCUCAGUGGAGAUCUAUUUGCUCUUUUAUUUAGGCCCCAUAAUUUGGGGUUGGGAAGAAAUGUUUGCUGAACUGGUCUGGAGUGAGAGAAAAGUAGGUACUGACACCAGACACUACAGAAAGUGAACAUGGUGGUCCAUACCUAGAAAAAAAACAAUAACCUGCCAAAACUUUAUAUCUGAGGAGUCCGGGGUGGAGGGAGACAGACUCCCUCCUCCAGGAUUAUUUUUGGGGAGGGAGGGCUGUGCAUAGGUCUGUACUCUGUAGAAUCUAUUUUACUAACUGACCUGUUUUGGGAUAUGUUACCCAAAUAAAAGAUGUUUCUAUACA